AUGGCUGAUAACAUUGUUUCGCUAAAGGCAGCGCGUGGAGCACUUAAAGGUCAGCUCACAAGAACGUUAAAUAUACUCAAAACAACACCGGAGAGUUUAGACGCUAAUCAGCUGUCGGUGAGAGUAGAGAGAGCUGAAGGAGUAUUGUGUGAAUUUAACAAGAUUCAAUUAGAGAUAGAAAUUGCACUCCCAGAAGAGGAUAACGAAAAAUAUCGUUCUGAUUUCGAAGAUCUGUAUUAUGAGACGAUAGCUGAGUGCAGAAAUAUUAUUAAUAAGCUAAAUAAAAAUGUAACUACGGAUAAUAUGGAGAUUAGAGUUUCUGAUAUCAAUCUAAAUAGUUCUAGUCCGAGUAACUUAUCGGGUGUUUCAAACGGCAACAACAAUGGAAUUUAUUCGUUUGCAAAACUAGCUCCGAUAAAUUUACCACAAUUUUCGGGCGAGUACUCAGAAUGGGCAGCGUUCCAUGACAUGUACAUAGCGCUUAUACAUUCAAAUUCAGCUCUUUCAAAAGUACAAAAAUUCUUUUAUUUAAAAUCGUCAUUAAACGGUAUAGCAGCUAAUGUGGUGAAAUCAGUCGAAUUAACUGAGGUCAAUUACGACUAUGCGUGGUCAGCCUUAAUAAAUAGAUAUAACAAUAAAAAAAUGCUCGUUCAAGCCCAUACGAAGGCGCUGUAUGACAUUCAACCAAUAACGAAAGAAUCUUCGUCUAAAUUAAGAUGUUUAAUAGAUAAAAUUAUUAAUAACAUGAAUGCUUUAGAGACCCUCGGGCAAGACCCUAAAGCUUGGGGUUCUUUACUCGUGCAUUUGAUAACGUCUAAGUUAGAUCAAAAAACUUUAAAGGAGUGGGAAACUGAGGCGCCGAAAACAGUGGUACCCUCCGUAUCAACAUUAAUGGAUUUCUUGGAAACUAGAUUUAAAAUACUUGAGGCUGUAGAAAGUUCGUGCAGUUCAAAUGACAAGUCUGAGAAAAGAUCCUACGAAAAUUAUGGAAAAGGAAAGGCGCAAGAAAAAAAAUGGCAAAAUAAAACAGUUAUGCACGUAGCGACAACGAAAUUUAAAUGUUACGUGUGUAAUGAAGGUCAUCCGAUAUACAGAUGUACUAAAUUUUUGUCGUUAUCGGCGAACGAACGAAAAGAGCAAACAAUCAAAUUAAAUUUAUGUGAAAACUGUUUAACACGGCAUACGAGUCCGUGUAAAGCGAAAGGUUGCCGUAUAUGCAAUGAUAAACACAAUACAUUACUACACCAAGAUAAGGAAACAGUUCAUAAUUCUGCUACUGCAUUGCACUCGUCAGGUCGUUACGAAAAUCAAGUAUUAUUAUCUACAGCUAUUGUAAAGAUAAAAGAUAGAGCAAACAAAACAUGGUACGUGCGAGCGUUAUUAGACUCAGGGUCGCAAAGUAAUUUUAUUACAACUGAUUUAGCGAACGGUUUGGGUCUAUCUAAGCGCAAAGUCAAGGUAACCAUAGAGGGUGUAAAUAAAUCAAUCACACAGUCUCAAUAUUCAAUAGUAGCCACUAUAGAGGCUAACUGCACCAGUUACAAUAAAACAAUUGAGUUAUUAACUUUGCCAAAAAUAACCACUUUACUUCCAAGUGAAAACAUUAAUGUGAUCCAGGAAGAAUUGCCAGACAAUAUUAAACUUGCUGAUCCAUCAUAUGCUGUGCCUGGCAAAAUAGAUAUUUUAAUUGGAGCUGCAUGUUUCUAUGAAAUAUUGUUACCCGGUAAAUACACCACUAAUAAUAGCAGUAUUAUUUAUCAAGAAACUGAACUUGGGUGGAUAGUAGCGGGAUCAUUAUGCAAAUUAUCUACACCAAUUACAAAUUCAUUUUUUGCUCAGUCGUUAUCAAUCGAGGAUAAAAUAGACAAGCAAUUAACCAAAUUUUGGGAAAUCGAAGAAAUAGGUGAUAAAAGAUCGUUAAGCGAAGAAGAAAAAUUAUGUGUUGAUCAUUUUAAUCGGACAGUAAGAAGAAAUGAAGCGGACGGUCGUUUCAUAAUUGAAUUGCCUUUCCGAGAAAAAAGCAUUCAGCUAGGUUGCUCCCGAGGAACGGCUUUUCGUCGUUUUUUGUCGACUGAAAAACGUCUAACUAACAAUGCAGACUUAAAAAAGAGGUACGUGGAAUUUAUGAAUGAAUAUGAGCAGUUAAAUCAUAUGUCCAUAAUUAGUUCUGAUCAGGAUAAAAUUGAAGAAAAGAAUUCCUAUUUUAUGCCUCACCAUGCUAUAUUGCGAGACGAUAAAUGCACAACAAAAACACGUAUCGUGUUUGAUGCAUCCUGCAUAACCACUAAUGGUAAAAGCUUAAAUGAUAUUUUGUUAAAAGGACCGGUGAUACAGGACGAUUUGAUGUGCAUUUUGGCGCGGUUUCGAACUUAUAAGUACGCGUUUUCGUCGGACAUUACAAAAAUGUAUCGACAAAUAAUCGUAGCCGAACAGGAUCGUAAAUGGCAAAAAAUACUAUGGCGAUCUAAACCAUCUGAAAAAAUAGAGGAGUAUCAUCUCAACACAUUAACGUAUGGUACAUCACAUGCGUCUUACGUUGCAACAGCUUGUUUAGAAAAAUUGGCCAACGAAAAUGAAAAUAAAUACCCAUUAGCAAGCCUAGCAAUUAAAGAAGACUUUUACAUGGACGACUACCUUGGUGGCGGUAAUUCAAUAGCUGAAGCUCUUAUGUUGCGAAAUGAUAUAAUAAAAAUAAUGAAUAGCGCUGGUUUUCAACUAAGAAAAUGGAUGUCAAAUGAGCCGCUAUUGCUAUCAAAUAUUCCUAACGCCGAUAAUGACCCACUUAUAGUUCUAAAUCUAGACGGCAGUACUACAAAAACAUUGGGCCUAUGCUGGAACCCGGUAAAUGAUGUUUAUCUAUAUAAAGUAAACAUUGAACGCAACGAUAAUGAAGAGGCUAGUACAAAAAGAAACGUGUUGUCAACUAUAGCCACUAUCUUUGAUCCACUCGGUUUAAUAGGACCAGUUAUUAUUGCUGCUAAAAUAAUAAUGCAAGAAUUAUGGAAACUCAAUGUUAAGUGGGACGAAGUGUUGCCAUCAGCGAUAAAGGCGGAGUGGGAAUUGUACAGAGCCAGUUUAUCAAGUAUUGAACACAUGACAAUACCUAGACUUGUAGUUGAUUGUGAUAAUGUCGAGGCGAUUCAAAUUCAUGGUUUUUCAGACGCUUCAGUUCGUGCUUACGGUGCGUGUUUGUAUUUACGUGUUUAUGACCGCUCCGGUUCGUGUGCGACGCGUUUAGUGACGGCUAAAUCGCGCGUGGCUCCGCUAAAAGUUUUGUCUUUAGCACGUUUAGAAUUAUGCGCCGCCGUUUUAUUAGUUCGUCUAUUCAAAAAAAUUGUUCCUCGUUUACGAUUAAGUAUAAAUAAAAAAUAUUUUUGGACGGACUCGACCAUAGUUUUAUCAUGGAUAAAUGCACCGUCUUCCAGAUGGAAAACUUUCGUUGCUAACCGCGUAGGGGAAAUACACGAAGCUACUUCUAAAUCUGAAUGGUAUCACGUGAAAUCAGAAGACAAUCCAGCAGAUAUAAUAUCUCGUGGUUGCAAUCCAGAGGAUUUGAGAAAAAAUCAAUUGUGGUGGAACGGCCCACCCUGGAUAAACUUAGAAGAAAAUCAAUGGCCGCUCGCUGAAGUUCCUAAACAGGACGAAUUAUUGCGUGUUACCGCUUUUAUAUUGCGGUGGAAAAUUAGAGUAAUAAACAAGCAAAAACAGUUUGGUAACAUUGAUGUGGAAGAAUUGAAUAAUUCAAAAACAACUCUAGUCAAAAUGGUUCAAAAUGUUUAUUUUGGAGAGGAACUUAAAAUCUUAAGACGAGGUGAAAAUGUGAAGCCUAGCAGCCGUCUGUAUAUUUUAAGUCCACAUUUAGAUAACGAUGGAGCGAUCCGUGUAGGCGGCAGAUUACUCAAUUCUGUUUUUUCAAAUGAUAAAAAACAUCCAAUAGUGUUGCCCGAAAAAUCCAACUUUACUCGUUUAAUAUUUCAAUACGAACACAACCGUUUAUUGCAUGCUGGACCGCAGGCUCUAUUAGCGUCGAUAAGGGAAAAGUAUUGGCCGCUUAAUGGCAGAAAUUUAGCAAGAAAAAUAGUUCACAGUUGCGUAAUAAUUGUGUAG